AUCAACACCGAACAUCAUCAGUUUCGCUUUGGUCGAUCCAAACCAACCAAAUCUACUCAAGAAUCAUGGCGUUCAAGUUCAUCGCUUUCGCCGCCCUCGUGGCUGCCGCCAACGCCGGUGUUCUCGCGCCCGCCUCCUUGGCUUACGCCGCGGGGCCCGCGGUCGUCGCCGCCCCCGUAGCCAAGGCUGUGGUAGCUAAGGCCGUCGACGCCGACUACGACCCGCAUCCUCAGUACAGCUACGCCUACGACGUGCACGACAGCCUGACCGGCGACGCGAAGAGCCAGCACGAGACCCGCGACGGCGACCUCGUUCAGGGUAGCUACUCGCUCUUGGAAGCCGACGGCACCAGGCGCACCGUCGACUACACCGCUGACCCAGUCAACGGAUUCAACGCCGUAGUACGCAAGGAACCCGCCGCCGUCGCCGUCAAGGCCGUCGCCCCGGUCGCGCACGCCGCGCCCCUCGCCUACGCCGCCCCGGCUUACGCCAAGAUCGCCACCCCCGUGGCCCAUGCCGCUCCUCUGGCCUACGCCGCCCCGGUUGCCAAGCUGGCUCAGGUAGCUGCGCCCCUCACCUACACCGCCCCGGCUUACGCCAAGCUGGCCACCCCCGUCGCCUACAGUGCCCCCGUAGCUAAACUCGCUGCCCCGAUCGCGCACGCCGCACUCGCGUACGCCGCGCACGCCGCACCUGCGUACGCCGCGCACGCCGCACCCCUCGCGUACGCCGCGCCCGCCGCAUCCCUCGCGUACGCCGCGCACGCAGCCCCCAUCGCUAAGUUCGCCGCUGCACCAGCCAUCUCCUAUGCCGCCCCGGCCGCACAUGCCAUCUCCUACGCCGCCCCGGCCGCCCCUGCCAUCUCUUACGCCGCCCCCGCUGCCUACAUCCACUAAUCACGUUGACCGCGCCAAUCACAUUGUCGACUUGUCAGGCCGAACUUAUUUAUUUUUAUAUCAUGUAUGUCUUUCUAUGUGACUGAUUAAAGAAAUUACAAACAUA